AUGUCUAACAUCGAUAUUAAGCCGGCCGGGUGGAAGUUGGUCGAGGUCGGACGAGUGGUCACCAUCCGCUCAGGACCGUAUGAGGGCAAGCUGGCUACCGUGGUUGAGAUAAUAGAUCCUGGCAGAAUCCUGAUCGACGGCCCCUCAACGAAAGAAGGCGCAGUCGUCCCCCGGCAACCUAUUACUACCAGCACCGUCUCUCUUACCCCCUGGGUCAUCCCCAACUUGCCAAAGGCCGCCGGUACCGGCCCUGUGAAGAAAUUGUGGGAAAAGCACGAGAUCGACAAGAAGUGGGCAGAGUCAUCCUGGGCGAAGAAGAAGGAGCAACAGGAGAGGAGGAAGAACCUAACAGACUUCGAGAGAUUCAAGGUUAUGAGACUGAAGAAGCAGGCGCGAUUUGAAGUUUUGAAGGCACAGGCAAAGAUCCGGGCAGCAGCAAAGGCAUAA